GGCUUGUCAGUCAUUCUUUGAACGGUGUACUGGCGCUGAUCUUUUACCGCUGCCAGCUAACUGCCUGUAACGAUAAUCAACGACACGGCUACUGUACGUCUAUAUUUGCAAUACAAAGAAAAGGAAGAAAAAUAUAUGGGAAUGUAUGAUUUUUGAGGAAAAAACAAUAACAGCAACCAAACAGGGACCACAAUCUUCAUUAAGCAUAUUUUCGGUCCAAUAAAGGAGUUGCGAUGUUCUGUGCAAAGGAUAUCAUUUUAGCCUUCCUUCUCGUAGGCUUUACAGUUUGUCUGGAAGUGCAGAUCAUCCCCACCCAAGGAGAGAUCAGUGUUGGGGAGUCCAAGUUCUUUCUGUGUGACGUUGUUGGAGUAGCAAAGGAGAUUGACUGGUAUUCACCAAGUGGGGAGAAGAUAGAACUUAACAAACCAGAAAUCACUGUAAUCCGAAAUGACGAGUCCUCUUCAACCCUCACACUCUACAAGGCUGGAGUGGACAGCGCUGGGACCUACAAGUGUCUGGCCACCAACAAGGACCAAUCAGCAGAGGCUACAGUCAACGUCAAAAUCUAUCAAAGGAUCACAUUCAAGAACGCCCCCUCCCCCCAAGAGUUCACUGAAGGGGACGACGCCAACAUAGUAUGUGAUGUCAUCAGCUCGCCUCCCCCCACCAUAAUCUGGAAGCACAAAGGAGCUAAGAUUCAGAUGGAGAAGGAUGUUCGCUUUAAGAUACUGCCCAACAACCACCUGCAGAUCCGAGGAAUCAAGAAGACAGAUGAGGGGUCAUAUACCUGUGAGGGCCUCCUCAUGAUACGGGGAGAGAUAGACUUCAGGAUCAUCAGGGUCAUCGUCAACGUGCUCCCCACCAUCCGAGUGUGGCAGGCGGAGGUGAAUGCCACAGCUGGGGUUGGCCAGUCUGCCAUGUUAACCUGUGCUGCUGAUGGGUUCCCAGAGCCCAUGGUGACCUGGGCACGGGCCGGUGCUGUCCUGGAGUCAGGAGGGAAGUACAGCUUCAGUGAAGAUGGUUCUGAGAUGGCUAUCAUGGAUGUGGCCAAGCUGGAUGAGGGAGAGUACACCUGCAUCGCUAAGAACAAGGCCGGGGAGAGCGAACAGGAACUUAGCCUCCGGGUGUUUGUGAAACCUAAGAUCACCUUCCUGCUGAACCAGAGCACAUCUGAGAUGGAGCAACAGGUGACUCUGACCUGUGAGGCGUCAGGAGACCCCACCCCCACCAUCAGCUGGAGCUUUGGCUUGCGCACCUUCACAGAGGGAGAGCAGGCACAUCUAAACAGGAUCUAUCAGGCCUCUUGGACUCGGCCCGAACAACACAAGAGUCUGGAUGGGAAUGUAGUGGUGAGGAGUGAUGCUCGUGUGUCCUCCCUCACUCUGAAGUACGCACGGUUCACUGACGCGGGACACUACCUCUGCUCGGCACGCAACGCAAUCGGAGUGGAUUCUCAAGCAGCCUACCUGGAAGUCAGCUAUGCUCCAAAGAUCCAGGGCUCAGUGACGGUGUAUACCUGGGAGGGGAAUCCGGCUAACAUCAGCUGUGAGGUCCAGGCCCACCCCAGUGAUGUGUCCAUACAGUGGCUUAGAGAUGGGUUUCAGCUUCCCAACGCUAACGUCACCAACAUCAGGGUCUUCCAGAGCACCGCGGCCAGCUACCUGGAGGUUACUCCAGAAUCUGAGAAUGACUUUGGGAGCUACAACUGUACCGCUUCCAAUGAGAUUGGUACCGAGUCCAAGGAGUUCCUCCUCAUUCAGGCUGACGUCCCGUCAGCGCCGGCCCUUGGGCUUGUGGAAGCCUUCUCCAGCUCAGCCAGGGUAGAGUUCCAGGAGCCAGAUGCCACCGGGGGCGUACCCAUUCUCCGUUACCGGGCUGAGUGGAAGUCUGUGGGCAGGGGCAGUUGGGCUCAGAGGCUCUAUGAGGUCCAAGGAGGAGCUUUGAGUGAAGUUACCAUCACAGGCCUGAAACCUGACACCAACUACGAGGUGAAGAUGUCAGCCAUUAACGGAAAGGGAGAGGGUGAAACGAGCCCCGCUGUGGUCUUCAAAACAGAGCCUGUCCGUUAUUCUUACACAAAUGGCAUAUUUAAUUUUUUCACUGAGGACUCAGAAGGCGAACCUAACCCCCCGAAGUUGGAGGGAACACUCCAAACUAAGGGCAAUUCCCUGAAAGUCAACUGGAUCAAGCAGGAUGAUGGAGGGUCACCUAUCACACACUACCUAGUUCACUAUAAACCAAAACUUCAGACUGACUGGAAGCCAGAGAUCAGGCUUCCCAGUGGCAGUGAGUAUGUGGUACUGAGCGCGCUGGAGUGGGACACGGAGUACGAUGUGUUUGUGGUGGCAGAGAACCAGCAGGGGAAGUCCAAACCUGGAGUAUUGACCUUCAGAACCUCUCCAGAACCUGCUGCCAUCCCAGAUAUGGACGGUGAGUCUGCCCUCUCCACCGGCAUCAUUGCAGGCAUCCUCAUUGUGGCAUUUGUCCUGCUGCUCCUGGCUGUGGACGUGACCUGCUACUUCACCAACAAGUGUGGCCUCAUCAUGUGCCUGUGUGGCAAGCCAGGCAGCGGGGCCAAGGGACACAACCUAGAGGAGGGCACGGCUGCAUUCAUGAAGGACGAGUCCAAAGAGCCAAUAGUGGAGGUGAGGACAGAAGAUGAGUGCACAGCCAAUCACAAUGCAGGAGGACCCAUGGAACCCAAUGAGACCACACCCCUUACAGAGCCAGAGCUAGCGGCUCACACUGCUGUCCUGGCUUUGGACACGCUCUCCUCCGUAGCCACCAACUCUGACACCGCCAACACCACCUAUGACCCCGCCCAGGACAGCCCAUGUAGUGAGAGCACCGCCCUCACCUGUAGCCUAUCUGCGCUCGCCACUGACCCCCUGCCUGCUCCCUCCCCAGACCCCGCCACCGAGUCCAACACAACCCCCCUCCUUUCUGCGUCUGACAUCACAGCCCCCCUGGUAGAUUUACUAGGAGACACCUCUCCGAGAGGGGAGGACAAAAUGCCUGCCAGUGCUGUUAUUGCCACUGACAGUCCUAAAUCUCCUAAACGGUCCCCUAUUCCGAUACCGCCCCGGCGUCGAAACUCUAACAGACCCGCUCCAUCUCCUCCCACUCCCAGGAACCCCUCACCGACCCCCUCCACCCCCUCACCCACAGUGGUCCCCAGGAAAAAGGCCCCUGAUGCCCCAGACUCUCCCUCCCCUGCCCCAAACACCAGGACAUCUGCUCCUGUGGCACCUGAUAGCCCAUCCCCUGUUCCUACGGCUUCCACUCUCACGGCCGCUGACACAAACUCUACUCCUGGCCCUGUUGCUGACAUAACUGCUGCUAUGAUUCACGAGAAUGCAAGUGCAUCCGCCCCUCAUUUCUCAGAGAUUCUCACUCCUACUCCUUCAAUUGUUCCCAAAUCUGCCCCGACCGCUCUUAUAGCCCCAUGCUUUGGCACACCUGCUGCCCCAACGGUCACCAUCACACCUCCCUCUACUGCCGACGACAUUCCAACACCUGAUCUUUUCACCCACAAGCCCACCACCACAGAGCACAAAGGUCCAGAGGCAGAGUUGACCAAUGGGGUGGAGAUCGAGAGCCCUUCCCUGCCCCAAGCAGAGCGCAGUAGGUUUCAGAAUAGUCCCACUCCAUCCUCUGCCCCUGUCCCUUCCUUCUCCUCCAUGGCUAACGGAGAUGAGAUCGGGGCAGACCUCCAGGCAUCAGGCCCCCCAGCUCUGGAAGAGUUAGACAGUCUGGCCAAGGCUGCUCCACUCAACGACGAGAAGACAAUUGGUGAUGAGAAAAGAAACACAGAGGAGGCAGAAAUGAAAACAGCCUUGUCAAAGUUGACCACAGAACACAACUAUGUUACACAAACCAGCGACAGCAACGCAUGAUGGGGCAGCCUCUGUCCAUAGAAAAUGGCGGCUGCAAUAACAGAAAACAAUGCACUGAGUUUUUAUUUCCAGUGCCCUUACUGCAUUUCCAGAACAACAUGUUUUUGUACAGUAGAGUUCAUUAGAGCACAAUCUGGUUGCGCAAACAUAUUUAUUCUCACAUAUUUUGUUUUGCUACACCCAUGGAAUACUAAAGAACACCAUUUGUGUGAUCCGUAAGAGGCAAAAUGCUAGUUUUUACAUUUAUUCAGAGUUAUGUUUGUUUUCUGUGCGAUUGCAAAUAAACAAUUCAGGAACAUUAUAUAUUAAGAGUUUGACUAUAUAGACAUUAUUUUAUUAUUUCCAUGUUACAUUAUUCAAAUGUAAAAUUAUUUGUAUUUUUUUAUCUUCAAUUGUUGGCGCUAGUCAAAUUUGACUGGUUGGUUUGCAUGUCUGUUUUGCAAUUGGUUGUUAAUGUUUUGUUUGACCUGUUUUACUCUUUAUGUCUGUAUAAGGGUGGCUUGUCAUAUUGUUGUCAUGUUUCAAACACAAGUUAAUUGAUUUAGCAGCACAAUCACUACACCAUACUCCAAGGCAAGCUGUGAUUAAUGAAGACCGAUAGUUUGGGGAAUGCUUGGGUAUCAUAGAAAGGCUCAUCAUAGCUUUGUAUCAGCCGUUUUCAUAUGGCAUGUCUUCAACUCGCCUUACCUGGGGAUUCAUUGAGUUAAUACUGUGUUAUGCUAAAUAGGGAAGCUUGUAUUAAGCAGCUAAUAUUUGACUGGUAUUUACAAUGGAACACAUGAUACACCAGGGGUUCAAACAACAUUUAUAAAGAAGAUGUGGACGUUGUAAAGAAGAACCCAAAGUGAAUGUCUAAUCAUGAACCAUCACCACCUUGUUCAAACAUCAGUUAUGAUGGGUAUCUUAUCAUAUUCACAAGAAAACAAAGCAAAUGCCUGACUUUCACAAUUUAAAAUCGUGUUUUUGAAUCAAAAAUCUUUAAAAGCAUUUUUCUACUCUCUCUAAGGGAAGUUUUCCACUCCUGACUGCAAGCUUGUGCACUGUGACCGUGUCAAUAGAUUGUCUUGUCAUCAGUUUCAAUAAUAUCUGCAUAGCUUUGUUGUGAAAGGUUAACCUGAAUAUUCUUUUUAUAAAUUGUAUCUAUAAACGGUAUAGUAAUUGGACUAAUGUGGUCAUGUGACAGAUACAGUAUAU